CCCACAUCGUUUUCGAUACACCAAAAAGUUAACACUAAAAUUCCGCGAACUUUUCUUUCUCACAUUCCAUCGACAACGCUUUUUCUCGCAAGCAACAUUCAACCGUCAACCAUCUCAAUCUUUGAGCGCAGGAUUCGACUUCUUUGCGUCUAGAAUAUAAAUCUUUAGAAAUGGCACCUCAAACCAAGAAAUCCGGCAAGCAGGCCAAGACGACGAAGAAGUUCGUCAUCAACGCCCAGCAGCCCGCCAGCGACAAGAUCUUCGACACCGCUGCCUUCGAGAAGUUCCUUCAGGACAAGAUCAAGGUUGACGGUCGCACUGGCAACCUUGGCGAGACCAUCGUUAUCCAACAGGCUGGCGAGGGCAAGAUCGAGAUCAUUGCCCACAAUGAGCUCUCCGGCCGAUACCUCAAGUACUUGACCAAGAAGUUCCUCAAGAAGAUGCAGCUUCGUGACUGGCUCCGUGUCGUCUCCACUUCCAAGGGAGUCUACGAGCUCAAGUUCUUCAAUGUCGUCAACGAUGAGGCCGACGACGACGAAGACUAAGCGACCAUGCAAUCAUGAUGGAUGGGGAAAAACUGGCGGUAGUGCAUGGACUCGGCGUAGGACAGGCACUUCUAUGCUAUCACAGAUAGACUUGGAUUCCCAGGAAUAAAAUUCGCCAGUGCAAGGAG